CAUAGCAUGGACAAUCCUAAUGGUCGUAUUCGAAGCAAUGAUUUUGAGGAAAAACAAAGAUGUCAACAAGACAAAUGAGCAGAAUAAGAACAAGAAAAAAAGCAUGAAAAGUAUUCCCCUACGUCACAUCUUGACGUCCCCCGCUGUCUGGGCCUCCAUUCUGCUGCAGAUAGCGGCCUACUGCUGGGAACCCAAUAUUCUGCCGCUCUAUUUCAACCAAAGCUUUGGAGCAAGCAUCGAGCUGGUAGGAGUCCUAGCUGGGAUUCCAGUCCUGAUAUUUGGUGCUUUAGAACCGCUGUUUGCAUUGGUUGGGAACCGUUUAAGCAAACGCUUAUCAACAACGAUCGCUCGUAAAGUGUUGGCUGUAACAGGCUGCCUGGGCGUUUCUGGCUGCCUUUUCGUGGCAGCCUUCACCUCCAACUCUGUGGUGGCAACCUGUUUCGUCUCUGUGGCUUACGGGAGUUCUGCGGCUAGGGCAGCAGUUGCUGACGCCAACCCAUUUGACAUCGCGCCCCGGUACGCCAGCGUGCUGUGCGGGCUCUGCCGGGUUCUGUGCCGAGUGGUGGGGAUCACCUUCCCACUGCUGGUGACUACACUUACCAAGAACAAGACAAGCCAGGAGUGGUCCCGUGUUGUCCUGAUCAUUGCCUGCGUGUUCGCGGCUACAGCCCUGUUCUACGGAAUCUUCGGCAGCGGGGAGCUCCAUUCACUUAAGAUUGCCCAGACCUGCCUUGCCAGAUAUCUCAUUUAA